UCAAAUCUAUUGGGUCGAAACAUCAAACAUAAACACAAAUUUCAGAGAUCAAAAAGCACAAACACUGUACACAAAAUUCAAAUGCUGAAACCAAAACUAGAAGUUUGGAGACGAACUUGACUGCUUCUCCAAUCUUGAAAACCUAAUGAUUUUAGUUUUUAGUGAAAGAAAAUUGAGAGAGAGAGAGAGAGAAAAGAAAUAUCAUAUCAUUCGUUGAUCCGCGCUGCCAUAUCGGGUGUUCAACUACAGGAAGAAAAGAAAUGGUUGGAGUUGCUCCUAAUGAGGGAAGUCGACGGCGUUUACCGGUAUGGAUGCUGGGUGUAGCUGCCGCUGACCAAGAGAGAAAGUCUGAUGAUGUAGAUAAAAACAACCACCAUGCAGAUGAGGGACUUUUGCCCCAAGCUUGCCAUUCUGAAGCAAAAAAUAUGACUAAAGCACCUGGAAAAGGGAUCCUGGUCCAAGAAAAAGGGGUGAAUUCACAUUUUCUUUUAAAAUGUGAAACAAAGAAAAGAAGAAAAGCAAGUCUACAGGAUUCAAACCUUGAUGGUAUCAUCACUGAAACUGUUACCAAGAAGAAAAAGGAUAAUAGGCUUGGGAGAAAAGUUAGGGAACCUACUGCACGGAAAAGACAAAAGGCAAAGGGUUCUGACUUUGGAAGGGGUGAAGAUUUUGACAUUCAGCUUCCAAAUGAUGAUGAUGUGGAGCUGACAAUGGAUGAUCUGAUGACCAUUGCUGAAGAGUAUGUCAAAGCUGAGAAGAAUAAGGAGCAACAAGUGUCAAAUAGAGAAUGCAGAUCAGAAAGAAAAGUCCCCACAAUGGUCUCUUCCAGUAAUGUCUCAGUGAGAUUGCUUGAUGCCCCAAAUGGUAACCAAAGUUCACCCACUGAAGAAGUGACAGCUUCUCAUAGUUCCACUGUGAGUUUAGCCAGUGAAGAAAUUGCAAUCAUUGACAGGAGAACGGGAGAUCCUGCUCAGGACAUGUUGGAUCUGUUUUUGGGUCCCUUGCUCAAGAAACCCUUUGAGCAGGAGAAUAGAUCUUUUAUAAAGGAUAUGGAAUUUGCCUAUGAGUUUGAAAGGCAAAGUCAGAAUACUGUUGUUGGAGAUGAAAUAGAGCCCCUGAUGAAAAAGAAGAGCAGUCUCAAAGAUAAGCACUUGGUUAAUCCAUUGGGCGACCUUUUCAGACUUAUCAUCUUAGUCACAUCUUCAGCUCCUCACCUCAGAUGAUACUCCAGUAGGUGCAUACCUUUGACCCCUAGUCUUUCUUUGUCACUAUCUAUUUGAUUUAUCAGUCUUGUAGCUAGUGUUCAUAUACAUUUUUAAAUUUUGAGACUGAAAUGGGAAGGGCAUUCUUUCUGUAAAUAUUUUGGACAUAAAGGAAUUUACAGGAACUAAAACUUUAUAAGAGCAGAUCAGUAGUCAUUUGGGUAAGUUAAUCCUUACAA